ACAAUUCGAUCAGAAGCGAUCGGGUGAGUAAUCUUGCACCUUGGAGUCAGUAAUGUCAACCAAACUUUUCUACGGCCUUUUACUGCUACUCGCAGUGUAUUGCAUCUGCGAUGUUGUGGCUGCUGAUGAUAAAGAAUCGGCGUCCUCUGAGUCAUCGGAUGUCGAAAAUGCGUUUUAUCACCCAGAAACGAACGAAACAUUUCCCCAACUAGCUCAACUCGCAAUUUCCAACCCUUUCAAAGCGGUUUCCUUUUACGGUGCUAACUGCAACUGUGCAAACAAAGCCUGUGACUGUUGCACGGGUAUAAGAAUAAAAUCGCACAACUUCGAUAAACGAGCCUGUGCCAUCGUUAAGUAUCUUCCGCAAGAGAUCGGUUUGGGGGCACAGCUGACUGUGGAUCAAAAGCAGAUCGCCUCGAAAUCUGUUUCUCUGAGCAAUCCACCUGCCAUAUGCGCACGCGUCCCUGACUUCCCGUUUGUCCAAUUAUGCGUGCACUUCUACAACCUUUCGAAGAAUGGAGAUCAAGUGCAUGGUUGCAUUGACUUGGAAGCUCGUGUGAAGAAAAUCCGGGCGCUGAAACUGCAUUUCAAGUGCUUCACUAUUUAA